AUGGGAACUUCGAGUGCAAAUGACAUGGACGUGGUCGUGGACGUGGACGUCGACGUGGACAUGGACAUGGACAUGGACGUGGACAUGGACGUGGACGUGGACAUGGACGUGGACGUGGACAUAGACGUGGACAUGGACCUAGACGUGGACAUGGACGUGGACGUGGACGUGGACGUGAACGUGGACGUGGACGUUGACGUGGACGUGGACGUGGACUUGGUCGUGGACGUGGACGUGGACAUGGACAUGGACGGGGACGUGGACGUGGACGCGGACAUGGACGUGGACGUGGACGCGGACAUGGACGUGGACGUGGACGUGGACGUGGACCUGGACCUGGACGUGGACGCGGACAUGGACGUGGACGUGGACGUGGACGUGGACCUGGACGCGGACAUGGACGUGGACAUGGACGUGGUCGUGGACGCGGACGUGGACGUGGACGUGGACAUGGACGUAGACAUGGUCGUGGACCUAGACAUGGACAUGGACGUGGGCGUGGACGUGGACGUAGACGUGGACGUGGACAUAGACGUGGACGUGGACGUGGGCAUAGACGUGGACGUGGACAUGGACGUUUACGUGGACAUGGACGUGGACAUGGACGUGGACAUGGACGUGGACGUAGACGUGGACGUGGAGGACUUGGACGUGGACAUGGACGUGGACGUGGACAUGGACGUGGACGUGGACGUGGACGUGGACGUAGACGUAGACGUGGACGUGGACGUGGACGUGGUCGUGGACGUGGACGUGGACAUGGACGUGGACGUGGACCUGGACGUGGAGGUGGACGUAGACGUGGACGUGGACGUGGACGUGGACGUGGACGUGGACGUGGACGUGGACAUGGACGUGGACGUGGACGUGGACGUGGACGUGGACGUGGUCGUGGACGUGGACAUGGACAUGGACGUGGACGUGGACGUGGACGUGGUCGUGGACGUGGACGUGGACGUGGACGUGGACGUGGACGUGGACGUGGACGAGGACGUGGACGUGGACGUGGACGUGGACGUGGACGUGGACGUGGACGUGGACGUGGACCUGGACGUGGACGUAGACGUGGACGUGGACGUGGACAUAGACGUGGACAUGGACGUGGACGUGGACGUGGACGUAGACGUGGACGUGGACGUGGACAUGGACGUGGACGUGGACGUGGACGUGGACGUGGACGUGGACGUGGACGUGGACGUGGAGUGGACGUGGACGUGGACGUGGACGUGGAGGUGGACGUUGAGUGGACGUGGACGUGGACGUGUACGUGGACGUGGACGUGGACGUGGACGUGUGGACGUGGACGUGGACAUGGACGUGGACGUGGACGUGGACAUGGACGUGGACGUGGACGUGGACGUGGACGUGGACGUGGAGUGGACGUGGACGUGGACAUGGACAUGGACGUGGAGGUGGACGUGGACGUGGAGUGGACGUGGACGUGGACGUGGACAUGGACGUGGAGGUGGACGUGGAGGUGGACGUGGACGUGGACGUGGAGGUGGACGUGGACGUGGACGUGGACGUGGAGGUGGACGUGGACGUGGACGUGGAGGUGGACGUGGACGUGGACGUGGACGUGGACGUGGAGAACUUGGACGUGGACAUGGACGUGAACGUGGACAUGGACGUGGACAUGGACGUGGACAUGGACGUGGACGUGGACGUGGACGUGGACAUGGACGUGGACGUGGACGUGGACGUGGACAUGGACAUGGAGGUAGACGUGGAGUGGACGUGGACGUGGACGUGGACAUGGACGUGGACGUGGACGUGGACGUGGACAUGCACGUGGACGUGGACGUGGACGUGGACGUGGACGUGGACGUGGACGUGGACAUGGACGUGGACGUGGACGUGGACAUGGACGUGGACGUAGACGUAGACGUGGACGUGGACGUGGACAUGGACGUGGACGUGGACGUGGAGGACGUGGACGUGGACGUGGACGUGGACGUGGACGUGGAGAACUUGGACGUGGACAUGGACGUGAACGUGGACGUGGACGUGGAGAACUUGGACGUGGACAUGGACGUGAACGUGGACGUGGACGUGGACGUGGAGGACUUGGACGUGGACAUGGACGUGGACGUGGAGUGGACGUGGACGUGGACGUGGACGUUGACUGGACGUGGAGUGGACGUGGACGUGGACAUGGACGUGGUUGUGGACGUGGACGUGGACGUGGACGUGGACGUGGACGUAGACGUGGACGUGGACGUGGACGUGGACGUGGACGUAGACGUGGACGUGGACGUGGACGUGGACGUGGACGUGGACGUGGAGGACGUGGACGUGGAGAACUUGGACGUGGACAUGGACGUGAACGUGGACGUGGACGUGGACGUGGAGGACUUGGACGUGGACAUGGACGUGGACGUGGACGUGGACAUGGACGUGGACGUGGACGUGGACGUGGACGUGGACGUGGACAUGGACGUGGACGUGGACGUGGACAUGGACGUGGACCUGGACAUGGACGUGGACGUGGACGUGGACAUGGACGUGGACGUGGACAUGGUCGUGGACGUGGACGUGGACGUGGACGUGGACGUGGACAUGGACGUGGACGUGAACAAGACGUGGACGUGA